UUUCUUUCUUUCAGAUCAGUCAGAAUUCUGGAGCAGGAGAGGCAGGAGACUGGUGAAAGAGGAGCUUAGCCAGGACAAUUGGAGAGAUACUGUACUGCUAGGAUAGCCAAGAGGUACUGAGGUAGGAGGCUGGGAGACUGAGGCAGGAAGCUAGGAGACUGGGGUAGGUGAGGUGGGUUACCUGAGGCGGCAGACAGGUAAGGCGGGGUAGGACAAGACAGGACAGACCAGGUUGGGCCAGUGCAGGGUAGGAAAGACUAGGGUAGAGUAGGCCAGGAGAGCAAGGUUGCAGUUUACCCAUGGGACUGUGGAGGAUGAGCAGUAUUGGGCUUCUCUGUGUGCUGGGUGUGCUGCUGUGUGUCUGUAGGCCCCCAGGCUGUCUAGCCCAGGGUCAGGGCCGGCCUCAGGGCCAGGUGAGGGGGCAGCAGGGGGGUGUGAGGAGGCAGGCAGGGGGUCAGGGCCGGGGCCAGGCAGCGGAGCUGGAGGAGGAGCUGAGGGAACAGGAUGCUCUUUGCUUUGCGGGGGGAUGCUACGUGGUCUACUUCCAACGGAAGACCUUCCGAGAGUCGCUGAGGAGCUGCAAGGACAAGGGCGGUAACCUGGCGACCGUGCGCAACGAGGAGGAAGCGGGCGUGGUCCACGAGCUGCUGUCGUCUGUAGAGACGCGUGGGCCGAGAACCAGGCUCCGCCUCUGGAUCGGCCUGCAGCGCCAGCCCCGCCAGUGCUCCUCCACACGCCCCCUGAGGGGAUUCACCUGGGUGUCAGGCGAGCCGGACGGCGAGUACACGGACUGGCUGCGUGCAGACCCCCCGGGGAGCUGUGCCGUGCCUCGCUGUGUGGCUAUCAGUGUCAACACGGCCGAGGAGGCGCGCGAGCAGCACGACAACUUCCGCUGGCUGGACGGUGCCUGCGCCCUAGCCGUGGACGGCUUCCUGUGCCUGCACUCCUACCGCGGCAUGUGUCACCCCCUGGAGGCGGAGGGAGGCGGUGCUGCCGUCUACACCACCCCCCUGGGCCUGGUCAGUACCCUGCUCACCUUCCUCCCCUAUGGGUCUGUGGGGACUUUGCCCUGCCCCCCCGGCGCCCCUGGACCCUCGGACCAGUCUGUGCUGUGUACUGAGCGGGAGGAUGGGGGUGUAGGCUGGUCCCAGGAUGGCCCCCUGUGCUCUAUGACCCCUCAGGACUUCUGCGGGGAAGACAACGGUGGCUGCGAGCACUACUGCCAGAACUCCGACACUGACUUCUACUGCACAUGCUCAGAAGGCUUCUCUCUGGCGAGCGAUGAGACCAGCUGCCUACCACACGCCAGCCCGACCCCCGACGAGGACUCGGACCCGGCCACAGACAUCCCGGACCAAGAGCGCGCCGGCCCCAGCCUCUCCUGCUCCUCCAUGGGCUGCGAGUCCAGCUGCGAGCAGGGCCCCCGAGGGAUUCGCUGCACCUGCCAUCCUGGCUUCCUGCUGGGGCGAGACGGGCGGAGCUGCGUGGACGUGGAUGAGUGCAGCCAGGCGCCGUGCCCUCAGACCUGCUUCAACCUCCCCGGAACCUUUGAGUGCGGCUGUCACCAAGGUUACGAGCAGGACCAAGAGGGGGAGUGCGUGUGCGCGCGGGGAUAUGAACCCAACAAGGAAGGAGAAUGUGUGUGCAGGCACGGAUUCCAACCCAACAGGGAGGGGGAGUGUGUGGACAUUGACGAGUGCCUGACCUCGGACACAUGUCAGCACAUGUGCCUGAACUAUGUGGGAGGGUUCGAGUGCUACUGCAGGUCAGGGUUCAAGCUGCUGGCCGACCUGUACUCCUGUAGGCCUCUCCCAGAGGACUAUGACUCCUCCACAACAACAACAUCACCCCUGACCCCUGAGCUUGAUGACGACCCUGGCUACAACCCUGAUCUCGGCCAUGAUCCCAACUCCCUUGAGUGGCACACGAAUCCCCCCAGUGAUGAGUUACUGCCCCUGUCCACACAGACCUCUAUGGUCCACUAUGAGCACUUCACAAUGCCUGGGGCUGGGGCUGGGGCUGGAGAUGGAACUGGGGCUGGGGUUGGGGCUGGGACUUGGACUGAGACUGGGGCUGUGACUGGGGUUGGUACUGGGGCUGGGACUGAUGCAGGGACUAGGACUAGAGUUGGGGCUGGAGCUGGGGCGGGGGCUGGGGCUGAGUCUGAGACUGGAGCUGAUACAAAGCCUGUCUCUGGGAAAGGAAAAUCAUCCGUGUCUGAAGCCGAGCCUGGGUCAGAGCAGCAGGAGGGCACAGGAAGGAAAAGGCAGGAUCGUAGCUGGCUGCUGGUGGCCCUGCUGGUGCCCCUGUGUGUGUUCAUCGUUGUGAUGCUGGCGCUCGGAAUUGUUUACUGCACCAGUUGUGCUGUGAAUCAGAACAAGGGCCUGACAGACUGCUACCGCUGGGUCCUACCUGCCACCUCGCCCCAGGACAACAGAACCUCCAAGACUGGAACGUGUUCAAAUGGACAGGGAGGGAGGGACUGAGGGAGGGAGGGAGGGAGGGAGGGAGGGG